AUGUACUUCAGGGUUUAUCUGCUAUUCCUUACCCAGUUUUUGCGGCAUAUCAACAAUAAUCUUAUCCUUGCUCGGCGGCUAGCCCAUAUGAUUGCUAUGAAGCUGCGAUUGUACAAAAUAGAGUAUGACGAACAGAACAAGACGAUUACCAAGGGAUCCGAAGCAUUCACUGCACUGACCAAAUGCUCAGCCCUUCGUCCUGUCAUUUACGUUCUCACUGCAAUUUUGCAAAAUAUCGUUAUCGAUACUCCUGCGGCUGUUAUUUGGAAUAAAGUUAAGGUUUCAACAAGGGAUAAAUUUCCUUUUAUUUUGUCGCAGUUGUGCGGAUCUCCUCUCGAUCUUCUUCCUUGUCCUGUACACAAACUGCCUCUUCCUUCUGGAAGAACAGAGAUUGUGCGGCGAAGCCAGGCUCUACAGAACAAGUGGUCGUUCAAUCAGAAAGAGCUGUAUGCGUUCGCAAAACUUGUGGAUGUUUGUCUUGAUGUGAUUGGUAUUUUGGACACCGCAGAUGUGCUUGAGCCGAAUAUCUUACCUGCCGUAACAAUGCGGAUUUUUACUUCCAAAUUGGAUAACUGGGUCGAGGAGGUGCUUAUAAGAAUCAAACUUAUGUUGCACUGGGCUGUUACAGCAGAACGAGAA